UUUGAAAUUCAGACUGCUCUGCACUCUUCACCUCCCUCUCUAUCUCACACAUUUCUCCCUCCAUGGAUAUCGGUGGCCUGACGACAGUGGUUGCCAACUCGGCCUACAUCUCAGCCCGCGGGAGCUUCGACGGCACUGCCAACCCGGCAUCCAACCGAGACAAGAAGUACCACUCUCGCCUGAAGCUUCCUCACAUAACUGUGUGCGAAGGCCUGAGGGAGACGUUAGACCUCGGCUUCAGGACCGUCUGUGUGGAGCAGCCCAUCGGAAAACGACUCUUCCAGGAGUUUCUGGACUCCAACAAUGAGUACAAAGGCACCUGCCGCCUGUGGAAGGAUGCUGAGGAAUACAACAUGUCUGAGGAUGAAGACAGAGUCAAGAAAGCCAGCAAAAUCUUGUCCAGGUACAUGGAGCCUGAGGCCAAGUAUUUCUGCUCCUUCCUGUCUGAAAACGGGAUCACAAAGGUCAAAGAUGAACACCAAGAAGCUGGGGAUGACCUGUUCAACGACACCAUGGAGCAUGUGAUGGAUUUUCUGCAGGAGGUGCCUUACUUGUUCUUUCUGGAGAGCAUGUACCUGAGAAGGUUUCUGCAGUGGAAGUGGCUGGAGAUGCAGCCCACAGGAGAGGACUGGUUUCUGGACUUUCGUGUCCUGGGGAAAGGAGGUUUCGGGGAAGUGUCCGCAUGUCAGAUGAAGGCUACGGGUAAACUGUACGCGUGCAAGAAGCUCAACAAGAAGAGGCUGAAGAAAAGGAAAAGCUACGAGGGGGCGAUGGUGGAGAAGAGGGUACUGGCUCGAGUCCACAGCAGGUUCAUUGUCUCGUUGGCGUACGCCUUCCAGUCAAAAACAGAGCUGUGUCUGGUUAUGACGAUCAUGAAUGGAGGAGACCUGAGGUAUCACAUGUAUAACGUGGAUGAGGACAAUCCUGGGUUUGACGAGCCGCGCGCGUGCUACUAUGCUGCUCAGAUCAUCCAGGGCCUGGAGCACCUCCACCAGAAGAGGAUCAUCUACAGAGACCUCAAACCAGAGAAUGUGCUGCUUGAUAACCAAGGUAACGUCCGAAUCUCUGACCUCGGUCUGGCGGUGGAGCUGGCUGAAGACCAGGCGAAGACAAAGGGCUAUGCUGGGACUCCAGGUUUCAUGGCUCCAGAGCUGCUGAGGGGCGAGGAGUACGACUUCUCUGUGGAUUAUUUCGCUCUGGGAGUCACUCUGUACGAGUGCAUGGCUGCAAAGGGACCCUUCAGGAACCGAGGAGAGAAGGUGGAGAACAAGGUGGUGAAGAAACGGGUCCUGAAUGAUCCGGUCACUUAUCCAGAAGAGUUCAGUGAGCAUGCCCGGUCCAUCUGUGAGGGUCUGCUGUUCAAAGAGGUCGACAGGAGGCUUGGGUUCAAGAGGGGGUCCUGUGACGAGCUCCGAGAGCAUCCCUUCUUCAGACAGAUCAACUGGAGAAAACUGGACGCAGGGAUUCUCCCUCCUCCCUUUGUCCCGGACUCAAAGACAGUUUAUGCCAAAGACCUCGAUGAUGUCGGGGCCUUCUCCACGGUGAAAGGUGUGCAGCUUAAAGACCAGGACAGGGAUUUUUUUGAUGAGUUCGCCUCAGGGAACAUCUCCAUUCCAUGGCAGGAGGAGAUGAUCGAGACGGGGAUCUACGCUGAGCUCACAGUCUGGGGACCUGGAGGGACUUUACCCAAAGAUCUGCGCCAUGAGUCCAUCCUGGAGCAGCCGGCCAAGUCCUCCACCUGCGCAGUGUCCUGAGAGAUGAAACCAGCUGCAGUGCUCCAUAGAAAGCUUCUGCCUUUAACGGAGGAGUGUUUGAAAGUCAGUAAAAACAACUGUUUGUUC